UAACCUAAAAACUUAACGUAAUUUAUAAAUUAAAUCCCGUACAAGCUAUAAAACGGAUAUUCUAGCUGCUGCAGGGGCAGCGAUGUGUAGCGAUACACAGUAAUAUAGCAUUGUUGAACGUGUUAACCAUGAUUAUUAUCAAGUACUAAAGUUAAAAGUAUUUUAGUAUUUUUUUGGCAUUUUAUUAUUUUCACUUUUUUUUUUAUCAUAGCCGCCUGUGCCCACUGCCCAGUGUUAACUGUUAACAAACUGAACGUCAAAAGUGAUUUAUUAAAUUGAUAUCAAAAAGGCGUAUAAAAAAUAGUCGUGCAUAUUGCAAUAAAUAUUAAAUAAUAAAUUGAUGUCUCAAAAUCUAAAUAUCUUUUGGGUCUUUUAUUCUGUCCUCUACGUUAUUUCGCUAUUGUUGUAGUGUCAUUAAUCAUUACCCUUUACAUUCAACUGCAUGUUUAAAAUGUAUUAUUCAUAAACCUACAUUAUUACAUUAAUUAUUAUUGCGAUUAUAACUCAACAUAUUAUUUAAAAUUAUGGAUGUAGAUGAUAAUUUCCCAGCAGCUAAGCGCAUCAUUACUGAAAUUCAAAAUAUAGUAAAUAAUGAUUCUAAGCUGAAAGAAUUUGAUCUAGUCAUCCAACCAGAAAGUCAAAAUAAAUCUCCAGUGAUAUAUGUAGACCAUUGUUUAGGUCUAGAGUCGUGGUGUGUACGUCAUGUAUAUGAAUAUGUCUACCAAAGACUUAUUUCAGUAAGAAAACGAUUAAAAAGACAAGUAUCCAAUGAAACAAUACCAUUGCUUACAUCUGCUCUCUUAUUAAAUCCAGAAGUCUUGACUUUUUGGAAUAUGAGACGAGAGUUAAUUCUUGAUGGAUACCUGAAACCAGAUGAUGAAUUACAAUUUUCAGCUGUUGUUUUGACAUUUAAGCCAAAAUGUGCUGAAAUAUUCACUUACAGAAGAUGGAUAUUUUUUAAUGUUUUAAAAGAUUUUAGCUCUAAUCAUAUUAUACUCAAUGAGUUAACAAUAGGAUUAACAGCUGCUGCUGGCUAUCCAAGUAAUUACAAUGCAUGGAAUCAUUGUUUUUGGUUUAUUCAAAAAUCACUUGAACAAGAAAACUUUUCUUUAAUUUCUCAUCAAUGGGAAAAAACUAAAAUUUGGUGCAGUGAACAUGUAUCUGACCAUAGUUGUAUGCAAUACAGACAACGAUUACUUAAAUGUUUAGUUGGCGAUAAAAGGUGCUUACAGCAUUUGGAAUGUUGUACAUCCAAAUCACUCAUGCGGUUUUUUAACUCUGAUGAAAGACAUAAACUUAUGAGGCCAUCAGAAGAUUAUUUUGAUGAAGCUAUUGGUGUUGCUUUAGAUGAAUUAUAUUUUAAUGAAGAUCUGAUUGUGAUGUAUCAAAGUCAUGAAUCUCUAUGGAAUCACCGAAGAUUUUUAUGUUAUUUAUUAGUAAAUAUUUAUAAUAUCGAUUGUAUUAAAGAAGCAUUAAUGAAUAAUGAAAGGAGAGUUUCUACUAAAUUAUUAAAAAGUAAUGAGUUAUAUGUUAAAAAACAUGUUUUAUGGCUUCAAACAGCAUUAUGCAUUCCUAUAAAAUUACUUUAAUUUUAAUAAUUAUCAUAAAUCUAUUGUGUUGAUAAAAUAAUUUCAUUAGAUACUUGUUAAAAUGUAAAAAUCAAAAAUGAAGAAAAUGUGACAAAUAAUGAGU